AAUUGGUAUUACCUUUGGUGCUCAGAUAAAAAAAAUUAAGUAAGAUUUCUAAAGAGACAAUUAGGUGCUUCUUUAUUGCAGUAUAAGGUACAAUAAAAUAUGCAUUAUCAAAGUGACAGUUUUACCAAUAGAUGGUACAAUUCUGACGAAUUCAGCUCUAACCAAAGACGAAACAUCAAUUGUGCUUUACCACGAACCGUUGGUGAUGAUAGAAUCAAAUUUAAAGGCGCAAUAUUGGAUGGUUUUGAAUCAUUUGUUGAAAAGUUAGGUUAUUAUGGAGAGCAGACGAAAGAAACAAUUAUUGAUGGGUUUGAAGUGUUAAUCCAUGAUAUACAAAAUAGAGGUGCUAAGCCUGCAAAUGAAUUUUACAGUUAUAAUGUCAAAGAUAAUAUAGUCGAUAAUUUUGAAAAUGUUGUCGAUAAUUUAAAAAAAUUGAGUUCAUUUGCCAGACGGAAAAUUAAAAUUAGAGAAUUUAGGGAAAAUGCCAUAGACAACUUUGAAGAAUUUGUAGAAAAAUCUAAAAGGUUUGGUUUAGUAACAUCAAAUAAGUUUAGAAAGGUAAAAUCAAGACGAGAAAAUUUGAGGGAUGGGGCUGUUGAUAGUUUUGAGCGGUUUGUAGAAAAAAGUAAACAAAUGGGCCUGCAGACUACAUAUCAAAUUGAAAAACUGGAUUCUUUGAAGGAAAAGAUGAUUGACGGUUUUGAAAAUAUGAUACACAAGUUAAACUCAAAAACACAAGACGUAGAAGACUUUAUGUGCUACACAGAUAAUAUCAAAGAGGGUUUUGUUGGUAGGUUUGAAGAUUUGAUGCAGAGUAUGAGGGAAACCAUUGUGAAUUUGGAAGAUAAUGUCAAAACAAUUACAGAAGAAAAUAAAGCAAACAUCAUUGAUGAUUUUAGAGAACUGGUCGAUAAGAUGAGAUAUUUUGGGGAAACCAUUGUGCAAAGAGCAAAUGAUCAAGUAACGAAAGCAGGUUGCGUAAAAGAGGAAAUCAUCGAUAGUUUUGAAGAUUUGAUUGCCAGAAUGAAUAAUUUUGGUUGUCAAACAACAGGAAAUGUUAGAAACAAAUUGGAUUGUAUCAAAGAAGAAGUGGUCGGUGACUUUGAAGAUCUUGUCCAAAAUUUCAACGCAAACUUGAAUUGUGUUGAAAAUAAUUUGAUGGGCUACUCCAAUGAAAAUAAAGCCUUUUUCGUUCAACAGUUUGAGAACAUUUUUGAUGAUCUCAAAGACGAAAUAAACCAGAUUGAAUGUAACGUAGGAGAAAUGUUGGAUGGAUUUUUCCUGGACUUCCAAGAAUUUUUUGACGAUACUAAAUGGAUGAUAGAGUACAGGGCUGAUCAGGUGUUUGCAAACGCUGAUUGUGUUUUGCAAGGGUUCGUCGGGCAGAUGGACAAUGCUUUUGCUCGAGGAAAGUGUGAAAUUGAGACGGAACUAUAUUCAGCCAAAUAUUGGCUACUCAUGAGCGAAAUGUUGGUCAAGGACUUUCUCUGCUAUAGUGAAAGAAUGGUCGAAGAAUUCUGCAUGUUUUCGGAAAAACGUGUUGCAUGCUUUUUUUGCAAUGGGAAACAGAAGGUGAAAGUGUUCUACACAGAGGUGGUGGACUCGCUAGUCCGAGGAUUCGAGGACAAAUUGUUAUGUGAUAAUCUUGUGCUGGAGAUAAACUCUUCUAGAUAUGCCUACAAUGUCACCAUGAGUGAGGUGAACUUCCACGUAGUCCGAGCGUUGCUGACGCUUCCUGCACCUGACGGACAUUCGUGGCAACACCUUGUCACUCGACUCACCUAUUUCAUGCCCAUCUUGACCAACUACAUCCGAUCACAAACUGCACAGAAAGACUGCCUGCUUGCUAUUGAGGAUGUUGCUGGUAGUAAUCCGGAAAUAUUUGCGGUCCUUGUGAAGAUAAUCCACUGGCUGUAUGAGCAGGAUAUUCUAUCCGAGGAUAAUAUUUUGAACUGGUACAAGAAUCCGAGUGUUGAUGCAGACCCCGAGAACAGUAAGAGAGUGCGACAACAGGUGGCUCCUUUUAUCCGGUGGUUGGAAGAAGCAGAAGAAGACGAAGAUGACGAUGACGAUAUUGAUUAAAGUAUAUAUAUUGAUCUUGUAUAUUACAUUAUUUCUUAGAGUAUUUAGAAUAACUCUGUUCAUAUAAAUAUGUCAGUGUCAGAAGUUACGGUACUUAUGUAUUAUACGGAGGCCACUUAUUUUACAGCGCGCUGCGGCGGUUGGGUUAAGUUGGGUUAUCAUAAAUAUGUUUGUAGAACUUUCCUAGUUUCGUUAUGAAUCGAACUAUACGAGAUGAGUCAUAAAAACUUAUGAUAACCCAACCUAACCUAACCGCCGCAGCGCGCUGUAAAAUAAGUGGCCUCCCUAUAAUACGUAAGUACCGAAGUUACAUAUUAAGAAGUAUCCUGUAUACAAAAUAAUCUUGGUUAUUUAUAAGGAAAUGCUCCUCUUGUAUUAUUGUUUUCUAUUGUAUCACUGCAGUAAAAUUCAAAUUUCUUACUAUGACACUGUGAUAUUAAGUACUUGAUUUAAUAGAGCUGCUUGUUUUUUACUUUGUAUGUUUUAAAGAGAACUUAUUAUACACAUUUAUUGUAUUUAAGUGAUGGUACAAUAUAUAAAUUCUAUGAAUCUAAAA